CGAAUGCUAAAAAGUAACUCGGGAGUUGGCUGUAAGUGUGUGACUGAAAAAGUGUACACAUCGCUCUGUUCAACUAUAAAGCGCUUCUGCAAACAGAUUUUACGAAUUUGUUAGAGUACAUUAUGUCGGACGUUGACCCGAUGCAAUACCUGCGGGUGGACCCCGCGCAGAUGAUGAAGGAGCAGGCGAAAACUUUUGAUGCUAAAAAAUGGGUUUGGGUACCUGUUUCGGGUGCAGAUGGGUAUGAAGCCGCAAUGGUGAAAAGUGCAUCAGGUGAUUUGGUGACCGUGGAAACCCAGGGUGGGAAGACCUUGGAUGUCAAGAAAGAGGAGUGUGAUCAAAUGAACCCUCCUAAGUACGAAAAAUGUGCAGACAUGGCCUCACUUACCUACUUAAACGAAGCUAGUGUUUUAUACAAUUUAAAAGCAAGAUAUGUGACUGGUUUGAUUUACACAUACUCUGGUUUGUUUUGCGUCGCUGUGAAUCCCUAUAGGCGUCUACCAAUUUACACAGAUGAGGUCAUCAAAAUGUAUCGUGGAAAACGAAGACCAGAAAUGCCACCUCACAUUUUCGCUGUGGUUGAUACAGCUUAUCAAGACAUGUUAACUGAGCACGAAAACCAGUCAAUGUUGAUCACAGGUGAGUCUGGCGCAGGCAAAACUGAAAACACAAAAAAGGUUAUUCAGUACAUUGCCAAAGUCGCAGGUGUGGAGAAGAAACAUAAGGCGGACGAUGUGCGUCAAGACAGUCGAUCUUUGGAUGAACAAGUCGUAGAGGCUAAUCCACUUUUGGAAGCUUUUGGUAACGCCAAAACAACGAGAAAUAACAAUUCCUCACGAUUCGGUAAAUUCAUUCGAUGUCACUUUUCUCAAACUGGCAAACUAGCCGGUGCCGAUAUUGAAUCAUAUUUGCUCGAGAAAAAUCGUGUGGUACAUCAAGGCGCAGCCGAAAGAAAUUAUCACAUUUUUUAUCAACUGCUGUAUGCUUCUGAUGAUGAGGCGUUACAAAAACUAUGUUUGCUCUCACGAAAACCUGAGGAUUAUACCUACCUGGCAGAGGGUGUACCUUCCGUAGAUGCUAUUGAUGAUAAUCAAGAGUAUAAAGACACUGUGAAUGCUAUUGAAGUUUUGGGAUUCAGCGAAGAGGAAAAAAUGUCCAUGUUUAAAAUUUGUGCCGCCAUCUUGAAUUUCGGUAACAUGAAGUUCAAACAAAAAGCUCGAGAUGAGCAGGCUGAAGUCGUCGAUCCAGCCGACGGAGAGCGUGUAGGGUAUUUACUCGGUAUACCAGUCGGAGAAUUCCACAAAUCCUUAGUUAAGCCGAAAGUGAAAGUCGGAAACGAUUUUGUCAACAAAGGUCAAAACGUCACUCAAGUGACGUAUGCUGUGGCUGCUUUAUCAAAAGCAUUAUUUGAACGCAUGUUUUGGUGGAUCGUUACUCGUGUAAACAAAGCCUUAGACACAAAAGAAAGACGCUCGUAUUUCAUUGGUGUGUUGGAUAUUGCAGGCUUUGAAAUUUUUGAGUACAACUCUUUCGAACAAUUAUGUAUCAAUUUAACGAACGAAAAACUCCAGCAGUUUUUCAAUCAUCACAUGUUCGUGUUGGAGCAAGAAGAGUACAAAAAAGAAGGAAUCCAUUGGGAAUUCAUUGAUUUUGGCAUGGAUCUCGAACAAACCAUUGAGCUUAUUGAAAAGCCUAUGGGUAUCUUUGCAAUGCUUGAAGAAGAAUGCAUCGUCCCAAAAGCAAGUGAACAGACGUACUUGCAGAAAUUACACAAACAACAUGGUAACAAUAAGUCAUACACCAAACCAACGCCAAAACAAACCAAAUCAGGUGGAGGAGACUUCAUACUCCAUCACUAUGCUGGUUCCGUCGGUUACAGUGUAGCCAAUUGGUUGGAAAAGAACAAGGAUCCAAUCAAUGAACACACCGCACAGUUGUUUUCUAAAGCCACCGAUGCUUUAGUUUCGCUCUUCUUCCAAGAUUAUAAUCCAGACAUUACCGGUGGACGAAGAAAAGGUAGCGCCUUCCAAACUGUGAGUUAUCGCCACAAAGAACAACUGAAGAAUUUGCUGAACACUCUUGGCAUGACCCAACCACAUUUCGUGCGAUGUAUUAUCCCGAAUGAAAAUAAACAACCUGGUCAAGUUGAGGGAACAUUAGUUCUUCAUCAGUUGAGAUGUAAUGGUGUCCUGGAAGGUAUACGUAUUUGCAGAAAAGGUUUCCCGUCUCGAAUGUUGUUCCAAGACUUUAGACAGAGAUAUCAAAUCCUCGCUGCUUCAGCUAUCCCAUCCGGAUUUAUUGAUGGAAAAGUAGCCGCAGAAAAAUUAGUCGAGGCACUUCAACUCGAUCAAAGUGAAUAUCGGGUCGGAACAACUAAAGUGUUUUUCCGUGCCGGUAUUGUGGGAGAACUGGAAGAUAUGCGAGAUGAAAGAUUGUCGAAGAUCAUUUCUCAAUUCCAAGCUUACUGCAAGGGACAUCUUAUGCGUCUUGAAUAUAAAAAAAUGUGUGACCAAAGAAUUGGUUUGGCGGUCAUUCAAAGAAACGUUCGUAAAUUUUUGUUUUUGCGAAACUGGACUUGGUGGAAGCUGUACAUCAAGGUGCAACCUCUUCUCAGUAUCGCUCGAGCUGAAGACGAGAUGAAAGAAAAGGAAGAAGCACUGGCCAAAGCGUUAGAACAAGCUAAAGUAGACGAAGAAAAUCGAAAACAAAUGGAAACUCAACUGACUGAUACCAUUGCUGAGAAGGAGAAGAUCUUCGCUGAAUUGCAAGCUGAAACAGAUAGGUUGAUUGUAGCUGAAGACAAACUAAUGCAAACACAAGCAAUUAAGGAUAAGCUUGAAGCGAGCUUGAAUGAAGCUUUAGAGAAACUGGAUGGUGAGGAACACUCAGUCACAGUGUUGGAAGAAAAAAUAACUGAGGCUGAAGACAAAAUUGAGGAAAUGCAAAACCAAGCUGAAGAACUACAAUCCAACAUCACCCGACUUGAAUCUGAGAAAACGAGUCGAGACAAACAAAUUGACGCUUUAAACGAAGACAUUUUAAAACAAGAUGAAGCCAUUGCCAAACUAGGAAAGGACAAAAAAGGUUUAGAAGACAACCUACAAGAACGUACUGAACAAUUGCAGGCUGCUGAAGACAAAUGUAACAGUUUGAACAAAGCAAAAAGCAAGGCGGACGCUGCAUUGAAAGAAACUGAGCAUUCAUUAAAAAAAGAGAAAGAAGCAAAGGCUAAAAUUGAAAAGGAGAAAAGAAAAGCAGAACAAGAUCUUAAAGAUAGUAGAGAGAAGCUUGAAAACACUGAGAUGGAGCUCAAGAACGCCAAUGAAACUGUAGCCAAACGAGAAAAGUCGAUCAAAGAUUUAGAAGAAGCAAAGGAUAACCAAGAAAAUAUGAUUAAACAACUGCAAAAGAAAAUACAAGAAUUGUUAGCCCGCAUUGAUGAAUUAGAAGAAGAAUUGGAAAACGAACGCAAACUUCGACAAAAAGUUGAAAUGGCGCGAAAAGAUUUAGAAGCACAAAUAGAGGAAUUGCAAGAUCAAGUAGAAGCAGCGGGAGGUGCGACCACAGCCCAGCUUGAAGUGAGUAAGAAGAGAGAAAAUGAAGUGAACCGAUUAAGAAAAGAAAUUGAAGAUCUGAACGCCGCUAAUGAGGCUGCAAUGCAGUCAGCUAAAAGUAAAGCGAGUGCUGCCAUUGGCGAGGCUCAAGAUGAACUCGAGGCUGUCAAAAAAGGGAAAGCGAAAUCUGAUAAAGAAAAAGCUAACGCUAUUGCUGAGUUGGACGAUGUGCAUUCGCAGUUGGAACAAGUUAAAAAACAGAAAACGAAUAGCGACAAGAACAAUCGCAUGUUAGAAGACCAACUCAAUGAAUUGCGCGGGAAAGUGUCGCAGCUUGAAGAUGAUCUCUCAUCGUCUGAACAAAGAAAUAGUAAAGUUUCUGGAGAGUCGGCAGGUGUCGCUAAACAGUUGGAAGAUGCUGAACAUAAGCUAGGAAUGGCUACAAAACAGAUCAAAUCACUGGAGGCAGCUCUCGCUGAAGCCAAAUCAUCUGCCGAUGACGAAUCUAGGGGUAAACAUGACAACCAUCAAAAACUACAAAACGCUUUGUCAGAAAUUGAAGCCUUGCAGGAGCAACUGGAUGAAGAACAAGCUGCUCGGCAAGAUAUGCAGAACAAAUUCUCACGUGCAAAUGCUGACGCCCAACAAUGGAAGAACAAAUACGAGAUGGACGGGGCAAAUCGAGUUGAAGAACUUGAAGAUGCUAAACGAAAGCUCGCCAAUCGAGUUCAAGAAAUGGAAGAAGCAUUGGCUGCUGCUGAAAGCAAAGCGUCAAGUAUGGAAAAAGUGAAGAACAGAAUGAACGAAGAAGUAGAGGACUUACUGCUAGAUCUCGAAAAGGCGCAAGCUCAGGCCUCCAAUUUGGAGAAGAAACAAAAGAAGGUUGACCAACAGAUCAACGAAUGGAAACUAAAAUGUGACGAGAUUCAAGCUGAUCUCGACAAAGCACAACGAGAUGCAAGAGGCUACUCCACCGAGCUUUUGAAAGUACGUACAGCCAGCGAAGAUACGCUCGAGAAGUACGAAUCUUUAAAGAAAGAAAAUCGUGCUCUUCAAAAUGAACUUCAAAGUGUCACUGAGCAGCUCACUGACGGUGGCAAAAAUAGUGCCGAAAUGGACAAACUUCGAAGAAAACUUGGAAUGGAAAAUGAAGAAUUACAAAUAGCACUUGAAGAAGCCGAAGCUGCGCUGGAACAAGAAGAGGGAAAACUUCUGAAGGUUCAACUAGAACUAACCCAGCUUAAACAAUCAACUGAUCGAAAAAUGAGCGAGAAAGACGAAGAGUUAGAAAACCUACGCAAGAAUCACCAACGCCAAAUGGAAAGCCUUCAAAGCACCAUCGAUUCAGAAUCACGCGCAAAGGCUGAACAACAAAAGUUAAGGAAAAAACACGAUUCAGACAUGGUCGAUCUUGAGUCACAGCUAGAAGCUGCAGUGAGGAAUUCAACUGACUAUCAAAAGCAACUGAAAAAGCUGCAAGCUCAAAUUAAGGAGCUGCAAGCACUUCUCGAUGACGAAUCACGUGGUCGUGAUGACAUGCGAGAUUCUGCGGGCCGCUCGGAACGACGAGCUAACGAGCUGGCCGUUCAACUCGAUGAAGCAAAAGUUGCACUUGAGCAAGCAGAACGUGCACGAAAGUUGGCUGAAAACGAAAAGUCCGAGAAUUCCGACCGUGUUGCUGAAUUACAAGCGAUGUACAACAACGUUUCAAAUGCGAAGAGAAAGGCGGAAGGGGAUUAUCAUGCUCUGCAGGAAGAACUAGAAGAUUUAGAAAAUGAUGCCAAGGCGUCUGAAGAAAAAGCGCAACGAGCAGCAGCUGAGGUUUCUCGAAUGAUGAGUGAAUUAAACAGCGCUCAAGACACUGCUUCGACAGCUGAGAAAUCGAGACAAAUGUUAAGCAAGCAAGUCGCUGACUUACAAUCCCGACUGGAAGACGCUGAAGCGCAAGGCGGUAAAGGAUUAAAGAACCAAAUCCGAAAACUUGAACAACGAAUCAUGGAAUUGGAAAGCGAUGUUGACACUGAAGCACGUAAAGGUGCGGACGCCAUUAAAUUAGCGCGAAAGAGCGAAAAGAAGGUGAAAGAACUCGCUUUCCAAGUUGAAGACGAACACAAAGCAGCAGAACGUGCUCAAGAUACUGCUGAUAAGAUAAAUCAAAAGUUGAAGAAGAUGAGAAUUCAAUUAGAAGAGGCUGAACAACAAAAUAGCAUGUGGCAAUCGAAGUACAAGAAAGCUGCAGUAGAACUCGAAGAUGCUGAAGAGCGAUGUGAAGCGGCUGAAGCAGCGUUGCAGAAAGCAAGACAGCGAGCUAGAGGUGCAUCUGGGACAACAACACGAGGGGUCUCCGCAGCAACGUCCAGAGCACGAUCCAGAUUACGAACACCUACCAGCGAGGAUUAAAUUGCACGUACAGGGGCCAGCCGAGCACCAAGUCAGCCGAGAACACCACGGUCAAAGACUACUACUGGAGAAGAUUAAGUUGGCUCUUAAAGAGAAUUUUUUAAGCCUUCAAACUAGUAAUUUUUAAAAUUUUCUAUUGUAUCUUUAUUUUAUUAACUUAUGUUUAUAGCUUCUUUCAAGUCUGCAACAGGGAUUCGAGUUGAAAAACUAGACACAGUUUGAUAUACAGCGUUUUGAUAAAAUGGGAUACCUAACCGCCUCAUCUUUUUGCAUCCAAGCAUGCGAAUAAAGCGAUUCCGCGCUCUUUUUUCAAAAAAGCAUUUUUUUCCAGAUUGCAGAAAACGCAACACGUAGUUUGUCUCUGUAAAUAUAAUCUUUUUAUUUUGACGUGGUCUGAGUGAAUGUUUUAUUCUUUUGUAAGUAGUAUUUUUUUAUGAAUUUUAAAACUUGCUUUUGUACUUUUUUUAGCACUAAAAAAACGAAUUUAAACA